AUGGCCCUCGCAUCGAUCCGCUCAAGAAGCACCUCUCGAUCACGGCGAUCUGCUGACCCCAAUAUCAUUGGCCUUCGUUACGAAAAGACGAUACAGGCAGAGCCUCCCAUCCCGCUGCCGCCUCGAAAUCCAUCGCGCAGCACCAUCCGUACGCUGUCCAUACGGUCAUCUGCGUCGUCGCCCUCUCCUUCGGUGUAUGAGAAUCUGUCUCUCUACUCGCCCAGCCUUGUGGUCGUUGCACCUCCCACUGAGGAGCAUCCGGCGCUAAGAACGCCAGUUCGGCAAGCAAAACUCAAUCACGAGAGUUGGAAGCGAGACUCGGGUCACGCGCCCACGCCGACGUCGGCAACCACCAUCUUUGAAGAAGACUGCGAGGAAGAGGGAGAAGAAAGAAAAGAAGAGAGAAACGCGCAAAAGGCCGACAAUACCUCGCCUGGCGCCAACCACUCUCCACCUCGGUCAACCAACAUCGAUGCUCCUGUCGAUUUUGACGCUGUGCCACCGCAUUCUGUCCCACAGUCUCAGCACGGAACAGUUGUCGGCCCAGUGCCGGGUGGUUGGCAAAGUUCGAGAGGUGAGACAGUCGUUAUUAGGCCAGCCGCGUCUGCCCCGUCCCCUUCCCUGAAAAAGCUCCAUACUGCGAGCGUUGCUCAACAGCCAUCAACACCCUCCCCAUUGCCAUCGCCAGCCUCGCCUACAGGUAAGCGACAGAGCUUCCUGCAGCGUCUUAGCGUCUGCUCGUCUGCGCCGGCAAAGGGGAAAUUAGGCCUGGCAGUGGGCGAGGGAUCGCCUACCGCAAACGCAAACGCGCCGCCAAUGCAGCCCCUGAUGCGGGGCUCACAGCCGCCCCCAGCACCCGCUCAUAAGCAGCCACAGCGGUCGUCGCCCGGCAAUGCAGAAACGUCGUCUCUCGCACUGCGAGCUCGAGUUCGGGCGCACGCAACUGCAUCACUGCCAAACGCUGCCUCUCCGGCCCACGAAGACGCCUGCUUCGCUCCUCUGGGCGUCUCCAUCCCGACGGACAGCCUCCUCGAGGAUGAUUUUAUGGCCACACUGUCAUUUUCGAACCGCGGGAGCAUCAUGUUCGGGGGGCGACGCGCAGGACCGCUAGGCCUCGACGGGGCCAGUGACGCCGCAAGAGGCGAUGCCUUAAGAAGCGAUGCCUUUCCUUCUGCGCCCUCGACGCCCACCCAUGCACGAUCUGGCAGCGCCAGCGCCAGCAUCGACCGCCUCGAAUCCUACGCCGGCGCAAAUGCUUCGAAUCCCGCGCUGCGCGCGCCCUUGCCACCACCGCCCGACAUUCGUGUCUUGACGUCCGAAAUCGAGAAGGAGUCCCAAAAGGUGAGAUCGCUCUAUGGAGUCGGCGAUGCCAUCAAUUGGGAGGAUGGCGCAAGGCACUCGUACUGCGAACCUUUGGAGCCUACCCCAGAGCUCCCCGCGGAGGAGGAUGGGAAUGACUCCAUUCUACCGCCUCCCAUUCCUGUUUGGGGGACUCCAAGAUCCGUAAGAUCUGCAAGCUCUUCGGUUCACUUUGAUUACAGACGGGAUACAGAGCUGGCAGGCGGCUUGGAAGACUGGGAAGAUAUUGACGGCGCCAGCGUGGACCGAUAUGGCUUCAUCUCUGCUCCUCGACCACGAUCACGGCUUGGUACACCGACGGAAAUGAAGUCUGCCCAGUUUUCGCCAAGGCGGAGGCUACAAAAGAGAGAAUUGACGGGCCUGUCACCCUUGGGCCCGAGUAGGAAAAUGUCGGCGAGGUCACUCAAUACGCAAAACUCGGAAAUGUCUACAGCAUCGAAGCGCUCUUCGCGAUCGGUUAUCCGACAGGCUAGCAACCUACUGCCUCACAACCGAGACCGGCGAUGGCUGGACGAGGCCGGUGAUAUGCUGACGCUGCCACCUAGCCUCCAAGACGCUGCAGAAGAAGCCCAAAUUGAGAGGAUAUCAGAAACGCUCAAGCGCAAGGAGUGGGAGAGAUCGGAAAAGUGGCGCAAGAUGGCCAAGGUUGUCCGAAAGGGCGGCCAAGGCGAAGGCAUGGAGUUUGAGUUUGAUAAAAAGAACCCUAAGCUUAUUGAGCGAACUUGGAAGGGAAUUCCCGAUCGCUGGCGUGCUGCCGCCUGGUGGUCAUUUCUUUCUAGUUCCGCCAUGGAUCACGAGAGCUAUGCCUCUGAAGAGGACAUUGUCUCCUCAUUUCACCACCUGUUGGAACAAAGCUCGCCAGAUGAUGUGCAGAUUGACCUCGAUGUCCCGCGGACCAUUAGCAGGCACAUCAUGUUUCGUAAAAGAUACCGUGGCGGCCAGCGGCUGCUGUUCCGCGUCUUGCACUGCCUAUCAAUAUACUUCCCAGAGACUGGCUAUGUUCAAGGCAUGGCAUCUUUGGCGGCGACGCUGCUCUGCUACUUUGAUGAAGAAAAGUGCUUUGUCAUGCUGGUGCGCUUGUGGCAGUUACGAGGCCUUGAUCGCUUAUAUCGCCCGGGUUUUGAGGGCCUGAUGAAAGCGCUGCAUGAGUUUGAUGAGACUUGGCUCAAUAAGGACGUAGCCAAGAGACUGACCGAACUCAGCGUGGAUAUAACUGCGUAUGGUACACGAUGGUAUCUUACCCUCUUCAACCUCUCUAUUCCGUUUCCAGCUCAGCUGCGAGUCUGGGAUGUCUUUCUGCUGCUGGGAGAUAGUGCAGCCGAGCCGGCCAUCUCCAUCGGUUCCAGCGACAGUGAAACGACUCCGCCGACAGGGCUCGAUAUUCUGCACGCCACCAGUGCUGCCUUGGUACAGGCCCUUCGCGAGGUGCUCCUUGAUUCAGAUUUCGAGAAUGCGAUGAAAGCCUUGACAUCAUGGAUUCCCAUCAAGGACGAGGAUCUUCUGAUGAAGGUGGCCAAAGCAGAGUGGAAGUCGCAUCAAGGCAAGAAGAAGACGUAG